UCUAGACAUUUUACAUGCCGCAGGUUAAUUAAAAAAAAAAAGGAUUGUCUCUUAUUGUUACACAUAGCUCAUCUCCGUCGUCUCAUCGCUUCUCUUCUCCUCCAUAGUUCUCCGUCGACCGUCGUCCGAGCAGACAGAAAAAAACCAUAAAAAUGGAUGGGCAUGAUUCUGAGGAUGCUACUAAGCAGAGCACUGCUGAUAUGACUGCUUUUGUCCAAAAUCUUCUGCAGCAGAUGCAAUCCAGGUUCCAGACAAUGUCCGACUCCAUCAUCACAAAGAUCGAUGACAUGGGAGGCAGAAUCAAUGAGCUGGAGCAAAGCAUCAAUGAUCUAAGAGCCGAGAUGGGAGUUGAAGGCACUCCUCCUGCUGCCUCCAAAUCUGGCGAUGAACCCAAAACACCCCCUAGUUCCACUUGAACACUAAGUGUCACAUGAUCUUCCUGCUUAUGUAUGCAUCUGCAGAAACAUUCUCAAGUUUGUUCAGGAGCAGUGUUAUUACUUUUAGAUUUCAGUUUCAAAAGGCAUGAAUAUGUUGUUGAGUUCAUCAGAUUGAUUGAUGGAGGAUGUGGGUACAUUACAUUAUUAUGCACUUAUGUUGACUUGCUUUCUAUGUUGGUUUUGAGAUAACUGAGAAAGACCAGUGCUUGAUGGAUCUAUACUCCGCUUGGUUAUACAUUUUAUUCUCUA